AUGAAUUACAGACGCCUGGUGCAGUCAAGAAAGCGCAAAUUAAAUGAACUCUUCUCCAUCAGUAUACCAGCCCAUGACCCGACAUACAAGCAGAAACUCCAAGCCUUCCACGAUGCAAAUGAUCUGGAAAAAGGGUGCCGCUUCGACGAGAACACGCUCCCGCCUCUAUCCCAUAUAGUACUACGAUCUCGCAAGUCUGCACCAAAACAACCUCAUACAGCCGCCUCGCCACCUCCAGCCACUAUACAGCAGCCGAAAUUCGCCUCAAAAACCACUGCACCGUCGUCGCCAACACCAAAACCCACGCCCAAACCGAUCGCAGCGAGACAGACACCGCCCACCCCGAAGCCGCUUGAAGGGAAUGAGCGUGAUGAAGUCGCGACAUCUGUGACCGGGGAAGACCACGGACUGGGCAACCAAGCGACGGCAUCGGCGGGGUUGAAUACACAAAAUGGCGAUUUUGUUGCAAGUCCAGACAGAGGCGACCGUCGGUCGAAGUCUCCUAGGGUGCCGGCCGUCGAGGCAACUGCUAUAGAUCAAAGUGAUGGUACUCUUCUGGAAUCUCCUGGCGCAAGAACAGGCACUGCGUCCUCGGCGGUCGCAGAAACACGUCCUUUCCCACCAGUCGACCAUCGAUCAAGCCGGACCCCUCCUCCUCUUGCACCAAUUGCACCACCUGUUGAUCCUCAAUCUUCCCCAGCCUCGAGCAAUGGUCCGGACUCCUCAAAUACUCCGGCUCCGGAUGCUGGCUCUCCUGGCACGAGUCCUGGAGUCGAUGUUGCGUCUGCCACAUCUCUUGUCUCCCAAGCUAGCAAGGCUAAGGAUACUGGCCAACCUGAUUCAGGUCUAUCUUCUGCGCAUCAAGAUAGAGACUACCAGCGCGGCGCCGGCAGGACAGGAACUCCAUCUAUUGACGUCGAAAUGACUGGUGCAAACGGCGUAGGAUCUAUCAGUUCGAAUUGGGCUGAUCAAAGCAAGCUCUCCGCAGAACCAUCCAAAAUUCCGAGCCCUCAACGACCAGCGAUGCAAAUAGACACGCGAACAGAGAGCGACUCCUACUUCAAAGCACGACCUAGCGGUGGCCUUGUUGAGAGUCCUGCUCAACUGACGGGUAUUUCCCCCAGGCGGAACGUCCCAGCAACUCCAUCGGUCGAGGAGCCCCCAAAACGUGCGACGCGAAUAUCUUCUGGUGUCUUGCAGAAGAAGUCUGUCUCUGAGAUCCUUGGUGAGACGCCGAGGACGACAACCCCACAGGCAGAUUCUCCUCGUGAUUCUUUCGGUGCCACAACACCUCAGGGUCGAACAGCCGAACGUGACCGACGGGACAAGGAUCGGAGUAGGCUAUCGACAGUGGUCUUCGCCAAGCGCGAGAAAGCCGUUGGCGGCGACGAGGACAAUCUUGAAAUGGUACCAUUUGAAGGUGAGGCACAACGCAAAAGUCCUGCGGAUCGAGACUAUCUCUACACUCUGUUUGAGAACAAAGCGCACUCUAUGUCGCGGCAAACGUCGAUGUCCUACCUUAUCCAGAAUGCACACAAGACCUUGUCGACAUCAGAUCACCUCAUCGAGUACGAGCUAUCUGCGGAGUGCCGAAUACUCAAGCGCCUAUAUCAGUUACAGGAGAAGCAACGUUGGGCUCUGCGGCAAUACAAGCGUGCGGAAGAAGCUCCGAGGCCAACCUCUCACUGGGAUUUCUUGUUGGACCACGUGAAGUGGAUGCGCACUGAUUUCAAAGAGGAACGAAAGUGGAAGAUGGCGGCCGCCAGGGGACUUGCAGAAAGUUGUGCCGACUGGGUUGCAAGCUCUGCUGAGCAGCGGCGGCGCCUCCAAGUGCGAGUCCGGCCACCGAAACUACUCUCUAAACCUGCCAUCUCUGACGAUGUCGCCAUGGAAGACGAACCGGUUGCAAGCUUGUCGUCACAACCGACACCUGAAUUGGUGCCUUCUAACGAGGAUGAUUCCAUGAGCGACGAUGUUGCAGAACUUCGAGAUGUGCAGAUCUCCCGUGCCCCUGCCGCUUUAUUCUCGUUGGGGCCGUCGGACUUCAACUUCGCUGUCGAUCAAACACCGGCACUGGACAAGCUAUUGAACGAGCUACCGCUGUACGGGCCCUAUGGCGAACCCGACACGUCCAAAUCUGGUCUGGCGGAACGGCUUGAUGCGAAAUGGAGGACCGAUAUCGUACCUGUGUCAAGAUGGGCGACCGAGAAAUUGCCAGUCAAGGACCAUAAACCUCCGGUCAAACAGAGUCGAUACGACUAUGACCUUGAACCCUCGCCAAAGAAGAAGUCGGACCCCCUCCCACCUGAAGAGACGAACGUUGCGCUGUUCAUGCCUGAGAACAAAAUCAUCAGGGAUAGAAUACAUCCAGGCCAUUCAUUCCGUCCGCCAUCGGAGCAUCCAAUGCCUACACAGGCCUUCUUCGAGACAAGAUCGUCGUCGCAAUGGACCGCCGCCGAAGACGACGAACUCAAGCGACUCGUCAAAGACUACUCCUACAACUGGUCACUUAUCUCCAGCUGCCUCACGCCCCCGAGCCUGUAUACUUCUGGUGCAGAUCGUCGGACGCCAUGGGAAUGUUUCGAACGAUGGAUUGGAUUGGAAGGCUUACCGGCGGAUAUGUCUAAGACGGCAUAUUUCAAGACCUACUCCGGCAGAAUUGAAGCAGCAGGCCGACACGUGGCUGCUCAGAUCGAAGAGGCUCAGCGGAGAGCGGGCGCCAAUGUCCAGAUCUCCGCACGCCGGCGAACCACCCAACCCGUCAAAGUCGAGCGGAAGAGAACACAGCGGCACCUUGCCAUGCUCGAUGCCAUGCGUAAGCUGGCCAAGAAGAGAGAGACGGCUUUGCAGAAACAACAACACCAAGCAGAUCUUGCAGCGAUGCGGAAAGUCAACGAUGCAAAUGUUCCAAAGCCAUCUUACAAGACUCCAGCUGAAUUCUCGCAGCUCAAGCAGGAGAGGGAACAGAAGCUUGCCGAACGACAAGAGAUAUACCGGCAGCAACUCAUCGCUCACCAGCGUGCUACCGCACAGCAACAACGUACCCAGAACGGUCAACCUAAUGGUCUCCCGAACGGCAUGCCUGCUGCUGCACCUGGAAUGCGGGCGCCUUCGAUGGGUAGCAUGCCAGGAAUGCCGAAUGGCAAUAUGCAGAUGCCCAAUGGUCAUCGUCCCCAUCCAGCAAUGAUAGCCGCAAUGCAGGGAAAUAUGCAGUUGCCGCCAGGCAUGAUGGCGCCUAAGCUGACGCCGCAAAUGCAGGCACAGAUGCAAGCCCAAUUGGCCGCGCGUGGUGGCAUGACUUCACCACAGCAGAUGCGGAUGCUGCAGGAGGCUACUCGCGUGCAACAAGAACAGCUCAUGCGCCAAGCUCAACAAGCUCAGAAUGGUCCUCACUCGUCUCCCAACAAUCCUCAUGUUGCUCUCGCUAAUGGUCAGGGCUUGAACAAUGCCGCCUACCGUGCUGCGAUGGCCGCCGCUGCUAAUGGCAACGGAUCCCCGUCUGGACCGCUGAACGGCAGCUCGCCUCGCCCCAAUACCGCGAAUUCCGGUCAAGCUUUGUCGAGCGGGCACGUUCCUGUCCUGACUCAGAUCGCAAACAAGAUUCGAGAACACCACCCUAAUCUCUCGGACGAAGAGGUGCAGCGGCUUGCAUCGCAACAGCUCCAGACGUACCAACAUCAAGCAACCCAAGCCGCAGCGGGACAUACGAGCCAAAAGCGUCCUCAGCACAACCAAGCUGCCCUGAACGCCGCCCUUGGAGCUAUGAAUGCCGGCAACAAUGCCUCAGCAGCUACCGCUACCGCUGCUGCCGCGGCUCAACUCGGACACCCGGGCAUGAUGACCAACGAGCAGGUCCAACAGUACAACCAACGCAUCCGCAUGCAGCAGGCUCAACAGCACGCGCAGCGUAACCUACAAGCGAUGCAGAUGCAGCAGCAGAUGGGUGGAGGGAUGGCGAAUGUCAACGGCUUGGCCGGCUCUCCUGUCAUGAAUAUGGCUCGGCCAGUGAGCCAGCAUGCCAACCCCCAGGGACAGAUGAGUCGUAGCGCGACGCCGAGGGACCAGCGGAGUGGGAGUCAGAGCGGUAUCAACGGCAACGGUCCUGGCAACGGGCAAGGGCAGCAAAGCAGUCCGAGACAGCCGGCUCAGAGUAUGCAAACCUAA